AUGGUGGAUUACUAUGAAGUUCUAGGAGUGCAGAGAUAUGCCUCACCUGAGGACAUAAAAAAAGCUUACCGUAAAGUGGCACUUAAAUGGCACCCUGAUAAAAAUCUAGAAAAUAAAGAAGAAGCAGAGAGAAAAUUCAAAGAAGUAGCGGAGGCAUAUGAAGUAUUAUCAAAUGAUGAAAAACGGGACAUUUAUGAUCAAUAUGGCAAGAAAGGAUUAAAUGGCAGAAGUGGAAGUCAUUUUGAGGAUGAAUGUGAGUAUGGGUUCACAUUCCGUAAGCCAGAUGAUGUCUUUAAAGAAAUGUUUGGUGAAAGGGACCCAUUUUCAUUUCACUUCUUUGACGAUUCACUUGAGGACCUUUUAAAUAGUCCAAGAAGCUCCUAUGGAAGAAGCAGAGGUGCAGGAUCCUUUUUCUCUACUUCCAGCGAACAUCCAGUUUUUCAGAGACUUUCUUCCUACGAUACAGGAUAUACACCAUAUGGUUCACUGGGGCAUGAAGGUCUUACUUCAUUCUCUUCCCUGGCAUUUGAUGACAGUGACAUGGGAAACUACAUAUCUGUUACAACCCCAGGCAAAAUUGUUAAUGGCAGAAAGAGUCAUAGAAAGAAUAUUACUGAGAAUGAUCAAGAAAGAGAUGUUGAAGAUGACAACGAGCUGAAAUCCUUCCUUGUAAAUAGUGUGGUAACUGAAGAGGGCUUUGCAGAAGGAUGCAGCUGGAGAGGACAGCCAUUCAAUAAUUAUUCACCAAGUCUCUACAGCUCCAAACAUGUAUCUCAGUAUACUUUGGGGGACAAUUAUCAGCAAGGUAAACCCUGGGUCACCAGCAACUGUCAUCCUAUUUUCUCAGCAGGAUACAAAGAAGGUGGUAAGAGGAAAAAAAAGAAACACAAAGAGGUACAGAAGAAGAAGUCAACCAAAAGGAAUCGCUAAAUUGACUCUUCAGACACAUUAUAAUCUAUAACAUUUGAACACGACCUCUUUGUGUGUUUGGGUUAAUCAGAGUUUUCCAGAUAACAUUUGUUUACUAUCAU